AUGUUUAGCAUACAAUGUGAUGAAGCUCGGUGUCAUAAGCAAGAGCAACUAGCUAUUUGCAUUAGAUAUUCUAAAAAUUUAGAUGUUUGUGAAAGAUUUAUUGAGUUCUAUGAUGUCUCAGAAAAUCAAAAUGCUGAUUCCUUGGUUGCUGUUUUGAUAAAUUUCAUAAAUUCUUCAAAUUUAAGUAAUGUCCCCAUUAUUGGACAAUCCUAUGACGGGGCUGCCGUCAUGUCGGGAUCAGUUGGAGGUGUGCAAUCUAAACUUAGACAAUCCCAUCCCUCAGCAUCUCAAGCGGUUUAUGUACAUUGCAUGGCUCAUAAGCUUAACCUAGUCGUUGUUGAUAUGUGCAAGCAUUUAAAAGAUGCUAGGAAUGUAUUUAAUGGAUUAGAAGCUUUAUAUGUACACUUUUCUAAACCAGCCAAAGAUCACAAAUUGUCAACAAUUCAAAAUAAACUUGGUUUAAAAAUUACUAAACUAGAAAAACUAAUCGAUACCAGAUGGGUUUGUAGGUAUAAAAGCUGUAAUGCUCUUAUACAAAAUUAUGUUUCUGUUUUAAUGGCUUUGGAUAAUGAAAUAGUUGAACAGAAAUCAAAAGAUGUGGCACAAGCAAUUGGUGUCCGUGCAACUAUUAGUAAUUUUAAAUUUAUAUUAUAUUUAUUUAUAUUACAUGAAGUUCUUCAGUCUAUAAAUAUUUUGAGUACUCAGCUUCAAUUAAAAGGAACAACUCUGGGCCAAUCAGGACAUUUAGUUAAAGGAGUCAAGUAUACGGAAGCCAUCGAUCAUGGAAGACUCGGUGAAGAUAACAAAAUUAUGUGCGGAAAACUGGCCGUUAUGGAAGUUCCAGAAGAAGGUCAUACUUAA